CCGAAUAGUACCGGUGCCACUGUAUGAACAUUGCCUCCAAAUUCUCCACUCUGUGGGUGUUGAGGGCAUAGCUGGGCUUAUUUAUUUUGAGGGGCGCACUUAGUUCUGCAUGCUCAUGGCUAUGCAUACAGUAGUUGCUGAUGGCUGGCUUGGGUGUUUGGUGAAGGCAUGGGUCAUGGUACCGUUUUCCCAGAACGGAACAGCUCAAAGCAGCAGUCCAGAGGGACUCCACGCACGCACACUCCCGUUUGUGGCAGGGUCGCAGGAGUCAAAAGAAGAAACCAAACAUGUCUCAAUCUCAGAAGUUUGGCGUCCAGUUUGACCGUUGGUGCUCCUCAAAGAAAGAGUGGGCGAAGAUUACUAUGGCAUAUGCAUACAUAGAGACAAGGAAGAUCAACUCCUAGUAGGCGUCAAACGCUCGCCUAGAGCAAGUGAGAAUCUUGCUCCUUCCUUUCAAGCUCGCUGGCGCCAUGGCAUCUUUUCUGUAUUCAUCCUUUGGUAUUUCCGCUGCACCAGCUGAACAGUCCAUUGACCUUCACCAUGGCGCCCAAGUCCAAGUUUCUGCUGAAAGAUUCGCCUCCUGAGGUGAUCCAAGCUUCAGAUGGAGCGCCAAAGGGACGUUCUUAUAAUGCCUCAUACGCCAAGCAGCCUGGGGGCGUUCGGGUAGAUGAUUUGGUCGUAGGAAUGAAAUUGGCUAGUCUGGCAAUUACCGAUAACAAACCCAAAACAUUGAAGAAUACGGCCAAGUCGAAUCCAUGGCAGGAAGAAGCCAUGACCAUGAUCGCAGGCAGCCGGGAAGCAGCCCACAAGCCGCUGUCGGAGCUUUUGAAGACUCUUUUCAAUCUGGACGUGGACUGUGUUAUUGACGUCUCGGGCAUCAAGCAAGGACGGGCUUUAGAUACGCAAGGCUUCAUUGCUCACAAUGACGAAAUGAUUGUGCUGAGUUACCGGUGCACCACAUCGGCUCUGGAUUGGAUCACAAACUUGUCGACUACCAGUUCGGAAUGGGAACCUGAUGUCGAUAUCGAGCUAGGACAUGCUGGUUGGUGCAGUUGUAUCCUUGGAUAUGGAUGUUUAGGUGGAAGCGAUCAAGUGAAAAAGCCCCGAGUCCACACCGGCUUCUACAACAAUUUUAUUCACUCGACGCCCAUGAUUCUGGAGCAUAUCAAGCCCCUCUUGACGGAGACCGAAAAGCCCCGAAAACUCUACGUUUGUGGGCAUUCACUCGGGGCUGGUAUUGCUACGUUGGCGGCAAUCUAUUUCUUGUUGGAGUUUGAAUGGGAACUCUUGCCGCAAAAACUAAUCAUGGUCACUGCAGGAUCACCACGUGCCUGUACGAACUCCAUGGGCAAGAUUGUGAAGGAACGCUUGGCAGAGUUACGGCCCAUGGACAAGGCUUUCUUCUGCCGUAUCGUUCUCAAUGAAGAUGUCGUGAGCAAGGUUCCGCCCAGUGGCAUUGGUUAUACUCAUGUCGGUAGACUGGUCUACAUUACUAAAGACGGCGAAAUCCUCAUCAAUCCCAGCAAUGACCAUAUCCUCGACGCGGAUGACGUGGAAAUUCAGAAACUGAUUGUAGACAGCCAGAAACCAGAGCAAAGGCCCGAGGAAGAAAAUGAUGACAGUAGCUCCACAUUGAAGGAGCGAAAUGAAAAAUACGAAAAGAUGCUCAAAAUGAUACCAGGGCCGUUCAAAGAUCACAUGCCCGACUUCUAUCUCCAACCAUUGGUGCGACUGUUUGAGAAGGAGAAGAAUGGGGCUACCUUUGAAAAAUAGAAAAAUUCUUGCCAGGGGGGCCCUCGAUCUUUGUUUGUUUGGCAAGCUUCAUCUGUGUCGAGGCUAACAACAAGGCCAGGGCGAAAGAGGGACCGGACCCUGAUUGCUCCGUUCAGUGAUACAUAUUAAUUUUUUGAGUGCAUUCCUCCAACCUUCUUCCCCGUGUGGCGUGCCUCGUCUUGUUGUCAUUCGUUGAAGUGGGAUCCCCAGCAGUCCUAGAAUCAUGUUUUUAUAGACCUUGGAUGAAACAGUAGCAUAGAGAUGCGAGUAAGCAUUAAUAUUUGUUUCAAACU